AUGGAACCCAAGCGGAAGGCUCCGGCCUCGCCGGCGGCGCGCGAAGCCUCGCCGGAACCCUACCCUACCCACGCCUCCCCCUCCCCGGCGCAAUGCCUCGCCGUCCGCGACGCGCUGCUCGGGUUCCACGGCUUCCCCGAGGAGUUCGCGCCCUUCCGCCGCCUCCGCCUUGGUGGCAGCGGUGACUCUCCGCCGCCUCUGCCCCCCACCGUCCUCGACGGGCUCGUCACCACCCUCCUCUCCCAGAACACCACCGAGGCCAUCUCCCGCCGCGCCUUCGCCUCCCUCAAGGCCGCAUUCCCCUCUUGGGACCAGGUGGUGGACGAGGAGGGGACGAGGCUGGAGGACGCCAUCCGGUGCGGCGGGCUGGCGGCAACGAAGGCGGCGAGGAUACGGGCGAUGCUGAGGGGCGUGAGGGAGCGGAGGGGCAAGAUUUGCCUCGAGUACCUGCGGGAACUGUCGGUGGAUGAGGUGAAGAGGGAGCUAUCGCAGUUCAAAGGGAUUGGGCCAAAGACCGUGGCAUGCGUGCUGAUGUUCUAUCUUCAGAAAGAUGAUUUUCCAGUAGAUACUCAUGUACUUCGCAUUACAAAGGCUAUGGGUUGGGUUCCAGUAACAGCUAGCAGGGAGAAGGCAUACAUUCAUCUAAAUAGUAAGAUCCCAGAUGAUCUGAAAUUUGAUCUGAAUUGUCUUAUUGUAACUCAUGGGAAGCUUUGCCAAACAUGUGCCAAAAAGAUGGGAGGUGAGAAAAGCAAGGUUCCCAAUGCUGCCUGUCCACUAGCAAGUUACUAUCGUGUUGGUGAAAAGCUUCAGCAGUAGUUUGAGGCAUCAUUAAUGGCUGUUGUUGCUUUGAUAAUAGGUUGCAAAACCUUCCAACAGUGCUAGCAGCACAAGGAUUUUGCGAAGCUGAGGUUCAAUGAAAAGCAGAAUGGAUAGUUUCAUCCUGAUGUUUCAGGUUAUGCCAUUGGAGCUUCCAGCUCUAUGGUAUUGGGCUAUAUCCCUACAUGCAAACUCAUUGCUUCCAACUAAGAAAUUCCAACGAGAAGCAGAAGAAUGGAGAAUUGGAGAUUAUCUACUUAUCAAAACAUACAACCGACUAGAGAAGUUCCAACCGAAAGAUAUCAUGCUGGUUACACUGUGAAGAAAAUGGCGAACAGUGUAGACCCAACCUAUUGUAUGCACAUGGUCCCUCCCAACUUUCUAAUGCACGCGGUCUCUCAUGCCUGAUGGGGUGGCUUGUGAUUUUCAGAGCAGGCAUUCGCUGACACUGUCCAAAAGGUUCUGCUGUGUUUUGAUGGUGGCUUGAAGAGUUGAAGCGGAUGACUACACUUGGGUUCAAUUGUGGAAACUUGGGAGCUUUGGAUGGACAAGCUGUGGAUCAUUGAUGGACAUUUCGUACUUCAUACUUUGAAUUGAAGCAGAGCAAUGCCCCAUACCAUGCUGUCAUGUGAUCUGAUUGGCUGGCCGGCUUGCUUCAUGCUCACAUGAAGUUUAACUACCGGCAUCACCGGCUGCAGGUUGCAGCUAGAAGUUUUGUUGUCUGUAAUGUAAUGCACUUUCACAGGUUAAAUCCUGGAGCCUUGUGUUGCUGGGAACAUCUGGUGUGAAAGUCUCAACGCUUUUUGACCUCUCUCCAAGAAGUAACCGCCACUUUUGUAUUUUGGAGUGGAUCUUUAGCCACUCAUGAAUCACGAUCCACUGCUAUCAUCUUUGCUUCCAGUGUUGAACAUAGCAUCAACUGAAGAAAGUGCUGCCAGAUCACUUCUGAAAUUA